UAUAUUCCAGAGGUGCAGCAGCAGCAGCAGCAGCGGGUCCACAGAGCAGUAGCUAUAGCCCGUCCUCUCCGCACGCUAGCUCUAUGUAGCUAGUGGAGCUAGCAGUACAGAGGUUGGUGUAAACAUGGCGGCGGACGGGAUGGUCCUCACCAACCACGACCACCAGAUCCGAGUCGGGAUUCUGACGGUCAGCGACAGUUGCUUUAGGAACUUGGCAGAGGACAGGAGUGGCGUCAACCUCAAGGAUCUGGUCCAUGACCCUUCACUGUUAGGAGGAGUUAUUGCGGCCUACAAGGUUGUUCCGGAUGAGAUGGAUGAGAUUAAGGACAUUCUUUUGGACUGGUGCGACGAGCAGGAGCUAAAUCUCAUCCUCACUACUGGAGGGACUGGUUUUGCACCGCGAGAUGUCACUCCAGAGGCUACCAGGGAGGUGAUCGAGAGGGAGGCCCCUGGGAUGGCCCUGGCCAUGCUGAUGGGCUCGCUCAACGUUACACCGCUGGGCAUGCUCUCCAGGUACUCCUACUUACAUACCUUCUGCUAUUCUUUAAAAGGUGUGUGCCACUUUUCAAAUGUAUUGCCCCCAUUCCGAAAUAUAAAUGCAUUGUUUUAAAUAGUAACUGUUUUUAAGUUGCAGUCAAGUCAAUAAGUAUUUGCAGCUGAAAUGUCUGUUCAGUUGUCACCUUGUAUCAAGUAGUCCUACUAUAGCAACGUUCCAACCGGAAGGACCCAGAACCCUCAGGAACAGCCACUCAUGGGAUUAAACGCUUCCUUCAGCCUCUUGUCUGCGUUAGGGUUAGGGUUAGCCUAACCCUAGUCUGGCUGAACGGAAGUGGACAGCGUCUAUUGCCUAGCGUCGGAUUUGGCCGCGACUCCUCCCCUUCCGGUUGCUCCCCCUCAAACUCAGAAACUAGGCAGUAUGGCGAGUUUUGAAGAGGACUUUGACGGCGCUGUAAAGUUGGCAUGUUUGGCUCUUUCCGUCGAAAAUUGCAAAGAACUGCAAAAGAUUUGCUUACAGCAUUUGCUGAGGAAGAAAGAUGUUCUAUUUUGCAUGGACACCGCUGCUGCUUCCCGGGCUUAGCCCCGCCCUAGACGAUUGUGAUUGGUUUAAAGAAAUAAAAACAGGCCCGCCCAGUUUCCCCACGGAUAGAUGGCUCGAGGUAGCGUGGCUCCAGACCAUUCUACUUGAAGUAUUUUGGUCUGGCUUUGCGAGACUAGCCUAACCCUAACCCUAACGCAGACAGGGGGCUGAAGCGUUUAAUCCCAUGA